AUGGCUGAGAUUCAUCAAAAUAAUAAGAAUGAUGCGAUCGUCGAUGUGGCCUCGGUCUCACAUCCACAUUCCACCUUGGAGGAGUAUGAAAGGCUCUUCGGCGUCGACGAGGACGCAUAUGAGCAGCCAACCACCACUAGGAAAGAACUUUGGUCAUAUUACCUCUAUUACAAUGGCGAUAACGGUGUCGGCCCGGGAUCUUUCCAGUGGGCCUUGAAUGGCGCCGGACAUCAACCUGGCUCAAAUCCACCCAAAGCCUGCACCGAUUCAUCCGCAUGUGUAGUUCCGUGGGUAGGAGGCACAAGAUCGGUAUCUUCCGUGGUUCUUAUUGCCAACGGUCUUUGCUUCACUUUCAUGACGGUGAUAUUCGUCUGGCUAGGAAGUGCUGCGGACUAUGGGACAUUCGGUCGAUGGCUCCUUCUGGCAUUGACGGUGGUCUGUUGGGCACUGCAGUAUGGUAUGAUGUCCAUCCGGCAUCCGAGCCAGUGGCCAACGGCGAUGGGAUUGUACGUUGUGGCAUACAUUGCCUAUGGGGCAACGCUAGUAUUCUAUGCUGCUGUAUUCCCUCGUCUGGCGCGAUAUACACCACAUGUGCGCAAAGCGAGAGAAGAAGAUCUUAGAGAAGGUAAGAUUAACCAGGAUGAAUACGAUGUUAUUGAAUCACUGGAAAGAAAUCACAUCAGCAACAUUUCAACUGCACACAGCAACAUUGGAUACCUACUCACACUCGUGCUCAAUCUGAGUAUUCUACUUCCACUGCAAAACAACAGCUUCUCAAAUAACCUGGCACUAUGUCUUACUAAUUCAUAUUGGGUCGUUCUUGGCAUCUGGUGGUUUAUUUUCCAGCAAAAAAGGCCGGGACCAAAGAUACCAAAAGGGUCAAGUUACACCACCAUUGGAUUCAAGCAGAUAUGGCUGGCCAUUCGAGAAAUCAGGUCUCUUCCACAGACAUUUCUGUACUUUUUUGCCUAUUUUCUUCUUGCUGAUGGCCUCAACACUACUGGUACUCUCGUCAGCAUUAUCCAAAACGACUCUGUUUCAUUUUCUUUCUUGCAGAUCACAUAUCUCGGCAUUACCCAAGCUGCGUGUUCAAUCACCUCAACAUUCGGCUUCUGGUAUAUACAACAGUACUUCAAAUUCAAGACGAAGACCAUGUUUUUGUUUACCAAUUUCUUCACCGUUCUCAUCCCAUUUUGGGGCAUGCUGGGACUAUGGACCAACCACAUAGGGUACCAUAAUAGGUGGGAGUUCUACUUCUACAAUGUCAUCUUCGGGCUUUUCCAGGCCCCAUACUACGCAUACGCCCAAACAAUGAUCAGCGAGCUGAUGCCACGCGGCUACGAUAAUAUGUUCUUUGCGCUUUUUGGAAUAACUAACCGUGCAUCUUCAAUCAUCGGUCCCAAUGUCAUUCAAGCCAUCAUAAACAAUACCCACAACAGCUGGAUGGGUUUCCCAUUUUUGUUCGCCAUCUGCGCUGGCGCAAUGAUCACUAUCUGCUUUGUAGACAUCAAAAAAGGUCGUGAAGACUGUCAGAAAUUCACCGAGCAGCGCAAGAUAGACCGUGUUGUGGCAGAGAGUGGCCUAGAUCCUAGUCAUAUCGCAAAGGGGAAACAACCUGUUCCUAAUGAAGAUCUCUCCAAAGCGCAAAACCACCACACAAGAACUAUGGCUACGGAGUAA